AUGGAGAACAAAAGAAUGGCUAUGUUAGUGGUGAUGAUGUUGGUGAUGGGGAACCUUCUGCUCGAGACAGAGGCUGUACCUUUCUUAACAUGUUACGAAGGCUCUAUUUACAUGUGUAUUAGUUCCGCGAAAGGAAUAAACAAAGUGUUAUGUCCUUUCACGAGUCUCAAGGACUGUAUUCAUCCUCAGAUUGCUUCUGCGGAGGCAAAUAUAAGAGAAAUUGCCAGUGAUUAUGUCUGCAAACUUGGAUGUUCUCUCCAUCAGUGUGCUUCAGUAUCGUCAAUCGAAGACAAGGAUGUCCUAACAGUAAGAAGUUGA